AACGGCAAACCAAAUUCCCAUAAAUACCCACACAUUAGUUUCAAGAGAGGAGAGAGGGGGUUAUUUUGGUAAAUUCAGAGAAGGAUAGUGGGACAGUGAGGAACUGAAUGUUGAGGAAUUGCGAAGUGAUAGAGGUAUGACAAAAUAGUAGAGUAAAAAAGAUAAUCAGAAGAAUGAGGGUUAAAUGGUAGCAGAGUCAGAGAAAAUCGUUGUAUAGGCGAUGGCCGGAGACGGAUUGACGGCGGCGGCGGAUUUUCCCAGCGGAGCAGCGGUGGAACCGCAAUACGCGGCGGCAAAGACGUCGGUGUGGUGGGAUAUAGAGAACUGUCAGGUGCCAAGGGGAUGCGACCCUUACACAAUCGCUCAGAAUAUAAGCGCGGCAUUGAUGAAGAUGAACUAUCACGGACCUGUCACCAUCUCUGCCUAUGGCGACACCAAUCGCAUCCCCUGGCCCGUUCAAAAUGCUCUCUCUAGUACUGGAAUCGCUCUCAAUCACGUCCUGGCCGGGGUUAAGGAUGCAAGUGACAAGAAAAUUUUGGUGGACAUGCUAUUUUGGGCAGUGGACAAUCCUGCACCUGCGAAUUAUCUGCUCAUUUCGGGAGAUAGGGAUUUCUCCAAUGCCAUUCAUCAGUUACGCAUGAGGAGAUAUAAUAUUCUUCUAGCACAACCUUUACAAGCUUCUGCUGUUCUUGCUGCUGCUGCCAAGAAUGUGUGGCAGUGGACAAGCCUUGCUGCUGGAGGAUCUCCACGAGAACUUUCUUAUGGCAUUAAGACAUUACGCCAAGAAUCAACAUUGACUCCAAUUACUAAACCUAUAUCUGUGAACCAACCUGCUUAUUCCGAAGCCAAUGCCAAUACUAAUGCUUCUGGACCCCAAAGGUUAUCUAAUCCUGGACGCACUGCUGAUACUAAAACUAAAGCUAUUUACGUACCUAAGAACUCGAAUAAACUGAAUAUGACCGGCAUGUCAAGUAUGCCAGCUAGAAUUGAAGAAACUAGUAGCAGCCAUUGCCCACAAGAACCAGAUGUUGCACCAAAGCAGUUUGCACCACAUCAGUUUUUCGCAAAGCCUGAUAGUUCAGAGAACCAUAGCAGUAAAUUCAUAGAAAAUAAGCAUGCUCAGCGUACUCAAUCUCAACCUCUUUUAGUUCCAGAUAAAGUUGUGAAUUCGAACUCUUGCCAGAACAAUUUGCAGCCUGCACCUCCACGACCUGAAAGUUCUGCAGUUUUUUCUACACCAUUUGUAUGCCAUCCUGAUGCUGUUAGGGGCCAGAUAGUUUUCUUGAGGCGGCUUAAUUUGCUUGCAGUUGGGGGUGAUAUCGACGGUUCUCUUAACAAGAGUCCUGCACGUCCUGAGUUUUCCUUCCCUUCAUCCUCAUUGGGGAUUUCUAAAUCUGUUCCUGGUAAUUCAGAUUUGGGUCUCCAGCUUCCUGAACACAUUCAAGGUCUUAUAGGGGUCAUCUUGCUUGCCUUGAAUACUUUGAAGCUUGAGAAGAUUGUGCCAACAGAAGAAAACAUUACUUAUUGUGUACGUUAUGGUAACUCAAAAGAUCGUCAUACUGAUGUUACAGCAGCCUUAAAUUCUGCACUAGAGCAACAGAUGAUAUUAAAGAUAAAAGUAGGAAAUUUGGAGCUAUAUGUUGGUAGGACUGAGAGGAUCUGGAAUUGCGUUAAUCCACUUGGUGGAAAUCUUAACCAGUAUCGAGAUGCAACUUGGAAUGCGAUUGAGAAUUUUCUCUGUUCAGCUGCUGGACGUUCAGCAAUAGCAGCAUCUGAAUGCAGGUAUGAAGCAGCUCUGAUUCUUAAAAACUCGUGCUUAAAAGACCUUACAUUGGGUGAAGUAAUUCAAAUCCUGGAUAUGAUUAUCACGCUGAAGCGUUGGAUUAAAACUUCGCACUCUGGUUGGCAACCAGUUGUUAUCACUCUUCCAGAAACUUAUAAUAAUAGUGGUACCAGAAUAGAUACCUAGUUGAGAGAGCUCUUUCAAUAUUUUAACAUGUCCUAGUCAGAAAUGGAUCAAAUAUCUUGGAUUUAUGGAUUUUAAAAGAAGCUCAAUUUCGUUGGAGACGGUUUGUUCAGUGCAUCGAUGACACUGGCGUAGGAGCAACAUCUUUUUUACUUUUGUGGAAUGCUUUUCCACAUGCCAUUGCAGCUGAUAUAGUGGGCAGCUUUCUGCACCAUGGUCAACCUUAUGUUAAACGGAUGGAUUGUUAUCAUGCUUCUAUCCACCCAACUAUGCUGAUGGAUCUCGUAAUCUUUCAUUCCAGCUUCAUGGUUACCAACAAUCCUAAAUUUCUUCAUCUUAAAAUUUCCUUCUCUCUCGAAAUUUUGUUUCCAUUAAAGAAUCUACUAUUGCUUUCACCUUACUAGAAUUUGGAGCAUCCAUGAAGAAUGUAGCAUGGUUACUGGGUGAGUAGAAAAGAAGCACAAAUGUUUGGAUGGCAGGUUGACAGGAAUAUUUUGUAAUCUCUGCUGUUGUUCUAGCUAGAAUAUAAAUCUAGAAGAGUGUUUAGAAUACAGAUCAGUUACCUUGGUUUUUGGAGCUUUAUGACCAAAAAGUACUCUGUCAAAUGGAGUAUGUAGAUAUUCUUGGGAGGCAUUUUCGUAUGUUUUCAUAACCUCAUCCUUUCCCCUCUUUUUGUUUAUUGGAGGUUAUGACUACAAAGUACUUUGUCAAAUAUUGUAUCUGUAGAUUUACUUGGCAGGCACUUGCAUUUGUUUUCA